GUGGAUCGGCCUCCUACCCUGACACGUCGAUGGAGGAAUUGGCCGUUUGCGGUUCGCGAGAGGGCGUCGCGGCCGUCAUUUCUGCGGGCCCAGGUACUUCGAGUGCAACGACCUCCUCGUGGAUCCGCUGCCCCGCCCGCGCUUCGCGGCGGCCCCCCCGCGGCGGGCCCGGUGCGGCGGGCGGGCGCGGCGGGGCGCGCUGCUGGGCGGGCUGCUGUUCCUGCUGGUGCGGGCCUUCCGGGGCAGGUUCGACAACCUGGAGCCCCUGGCUGCGCUGACGGAGGAGGGGCCCGUCCCGGCGGAUCCCACAGCUGCCUAUGGCGCGCUGCCUCUUCCCAGGAGGAGGCUGCGCCGCCUGGCGGCCACCGCCGCCGGCGCCGUGGCGGUGGCGUGCUCUGCAGACCCUCCGGGGGGGCAGAUCGCAUCCUCGGUGGCGCUGGGCGCGCUGCUGGCGGGCCGCGCGGGCGCCGCGCGCGCGGGCGCCGCGGGCGGCUUCCUGGCCGCGGCGCCGGGCCCUCCUCCGGGCCGUUGGCGGUUGCUUCGGGGCGGUGCUCGUGUGCGAGUUGCUCGCGCCCCUCGCGGCGCGGCUUGCUCGGAGGUGCUGCUUCGGCUCCGACGCGUGCGCCAAGGCGGGCUUCGUCGUUGCCGGGCUGCUGCCGGCGGUGUGGCUCUCGGUCGUCCUGGUGGGGCUUUGCUGACGCCGCGGGGCCCCGCUGCCGGCCGGCCAGCCCUCAGUCCGCUUGCUUGCGGGUACUGUGCGAGGCGUCUUCUGUGUGUCCGGCUGAGAGUUUCACCUUCCAGGCUUCGACCUGUGUUUUUUUCAAGUUGCCAGAAAUUGGUUCGCAGUCAACACGGAUACUACGGAUGAGCGACGUUCCAAGGUCGCCCGUGCAUCGUCCUUUUUCGGUUUAUCCUUGGUCACAUUCGUUGGCCGCACCCCGCUCGAAAAUGGUCGGCCUGGCCUUCAAAGGCCAUGGCACCCUCAUCCCGCAUCUCAUUUCUAUCACCGCCCCGACUGCAUCACCACACGAGCACCGGCUCGCGAGUGCCAGUCAUUCGCGUCCUUCGCGCACACCCUCCUCGAGCCCCUGA